CAGACACCUUGAUGUCUCCAGGCAAAACACCACUAAUACUGGUGCUUUCCUGUCGUAGUGUGUAACUCUUGUAUGGUGGCAAACUAGAGUUUCUGGUGUAAUGCAAGGUGUCUCUUUAACAAAUUCUACUAUAUAGCUACAUGUUUUUAUGUGUGGCCUAUCAGUCUCCAAGACACAGAGUUGUCACACUGCGUCCCCCUCCUCCCUCCCCCUCACCCCUAAUAAUCAGGUGUUAGAUUGAGUGGUCAGGUGGUUGCAGGAACAGUCCUUUGUUUCUUCCCUGGAACUGUGUAUCUUCCAACAGAGCUAUCAGACAUGCCUGGCUUCCCUGAUAUUGGCAGGGACAACCCCUUCCUCAUGUCUCGUACUGACGGCUCCAUCAUUGAUGCCAAGCCUUACACAGUGAACCCAGGUGAGGAUGAGAGGGAGAGAAGAGGUGUCCUGGGGGAAGGCCACAUGAUAAGACACCCACAUGAAGGCCAGGAAGCUAACGUCAUGCCGUUCUCAUACAACGUAGAUCCCUCCUUCCCCAAAGACCUACUCCCCCUCAUACCCAACAGGUACUACAAGACUCCGGGACUGUUGUACUACUCCAGGAGUCCCAUGAGAACCAUCGUCUUUGUGGCCACCAGACACAUUCGAGAUGAGGAACUCUUACUAAACUAUAGACUUCACCCGGACUCUGAGCUGCCCAGUUGGUACAGGUCUCGUGAUACAGAGGAGGACAGACAGAGAUGGAACUACUAACAACUGUAGGAGACCAUUUCCACUCAUCACUCAGAUAAUAUUUUAUCCCUACUAUAAUAUUAUUUCCGCAAGUGAGAAAACAUUUACAAUCACCCAAAUACCGGAAUUAAUCAUGCAGUCUUUUGGAUUGUGUCUCCCGCUGUACAAUGGUCACUGCAUGCAAAUCGUGACCUUGGCUCCCAAAUUUGAAGUCUUGUCAAUUUCCCAUUUUGUGUCUCACUACAUACUCCAUGUUGUGUAACACUCUAUUGAACAGUCUGCCCGCUGAGUAUAACUCUCGUGUAUAUAGCC